AUGGGUUCGAAACGAGAUUUCAAGAUAACGCCGAUUCCGGAGACGUUGAAGCAGAAAGUUGUUGAAGUUCGCUUCAGACUUGAUGAUGGCGACGUCGGAAAACCAAUCGAAGAAGUGUUCAAGGUUGAAGAUGAUAUGAUGGUCUCUCAUCUAUCAAGAGCUUCGAUGCACAAUGGACUAAUUAUGGGCGAUCGAAUUCUAAAAAUCAAUGGAAUGCCAGUGAAACAGAAGCAGGUUGUGAUGUCGACAGUUGCAAAAGGGGGAGAUUACGUACUAGAAGUGAGUCGUCGAGAGAAUGCGCUAAUGGUGACAGCCGAACGAUUGGCAAAAGUCAAAGCACUGAUCAGACCGGGAUUUUCGUAUUUUGUCGUAACUGCUAUUCGGCCAGCUCAUUUCUCGCCGAGUGCACCAAUGGGAAUGACCGUGAAAGCUGUGAAGAACCGCGCUCUUCUGACGUCGAUUGAGCCAAAUAGUUUGACGAGUAUGUUUUUCGCACUUGGCGAUACAAUCGUUGAUUUCGAUGGAGCAACGAUUCCAUUUGGAGACACUUCAUUCAUUAGAGAGGAGAUUGGAAAGUUCCAAAGAAACGGCAAGUUUACAGUGCUUGUCGAACGCCCAGUCACACCGGCUACAGUAAAUGAAUUGAGGCGCUAUUUGCUCUCAAUCAUGCCGCCGGAUUCCGACGUUGAAAUGGCUCCAGAUGUCAAGGCGAUUGGAUUGGAAGCGAGCAACAUGCAUGCGAUGAUAUUCAAGAAGCUCAAACCACCAAGUAUAUUAUCUGCGGAUGUCAGGAGAACGAAGAAUCGAAAGAAUACAAUGGCGACAGUCGAAGACGAGAAGGGAAUCAAAAUCUCGGCAGCUUCCACUGAAAUGCGGAUUACUAGCGAUGUAGAAGACGAAGAAGAUUUGAAAGAUGUUGUAAAGAAGAGUCACGCUGCUUCUGGAGCUUCUGGAUUCUUUGAUGAUGAAUAG